AGCUCUUUCACCGCUGACCACUCAUAUGUCGGCAUAUUUUUAGCCCGGCUUGUUGCCCGUGAUGUAGGAACUCCCUGUUUUGCUUCCGUCGGUGUGUGGAAGAUGGCCUCCGCACAAGACGAAAACUGUAUAAGUCCGUACAGAAGACUUCUCAUAGAUAUGUCGACGGAACUGUCUAGCAAGGAUCUGGAGAGGUUAAAGUAUGCUGUAGGAGAUCGCCUUCCCAAGAGAUUGACAGAAAACAUGGAAAGUGGACUGAAGUUAUUUGAAGCACUCGAGCAGGAUGUACACAUUGGUCCACAGAAUCUGUCCUUGCUACAUGAUGGGUUUAAAGCGAUCGGCAGAGUGGAUCUUGCGCAAAGGAUUCAGGUUUUUUCAAGAAAACUCCAUGAAGCUGGUGAGACUGAAGCUGGGCGAGAUGACACUGUAUCUGACGGGGUAGGGAACGGCAGUGAUCCGGAACCAAAAGGAGAUGAUCUCUCUUACGUAGGCGCUCGAAAAGCCACCUCUUCGGAAUCAGUGGGACCCUCCUCUGAUCGACUUCAGCAUGAUUCAGCCGAACCUGCAGUUACUCGAUACGUGAACUUUCUGGUUUACAUGGGCUACUCAGUGGAAAUCUUGGGAGGAAAACACUAUAAGACCCCUGAUGGAGAAUUUGUGGAAAUGAAAAGUGGGACGCAGUAUAAAAUACACGUCAAAAAUUCCCAUGAUUAUGGUUGUCAUCUGGACAUAUCAAUUGAUGGUUAUGACGUCGGUGCAUGGGCUCUCCGCGGAAGAGAAGAGAUGUCAAUCGAAAGAUCAGCGUAUGAGGCCAAGAAGUUUACCUUCUACCGUGUGAAAAAUGCACCAAAAGAGGCAGGAAUUGAAUCUGGCCGGCCCGAAAAUGGAGUUGUGAAGUGUGUGUUCACGCCUGAAGCUUUCCUUAACAUUCCAGUGAUCACCUCUGAUUCGUCUCAGCCAUUGAAAGUGAGCAUGCCUCCAUCGGCGACAGUUGGUAAACUGAAACAUGAACUGCAGCACCAGAUGGGAGUUAUGCAUGACCAACAUCAAGUUCUUGCGAAAGGCGACAAGGUCCUACGAAAUGGUACCCGACUACGAGGCAUACUUGAGACGCCUGGGGAUUUGAGACUUAUAGAUGCAGAAGUAGCAAUUACAGUAACAGCCGAGCCAUCUUCCAGUUUGCCUUUUACAAUAAGGGUGCAUCCUGGCAAGGCAACGGUCCACAAUCUCAUGGAACGGAUAGAGGUGCUGCUUGAAAUCCCCAUCAGGGACCAAAAGCUUUACCAUGAGGGAAACCUCCUGUCAAAAGCACCAAGUAGAUGCCUUCCUGAUAAACUUAUUUGCAGUCCACGUCCCGCUGUGAGCGUCAUUUUCCCCGAGUACAUUUACAUAACUGUAGAAGAUCAGAGUGGCGACUUAAUCCCCUUGAAAACAAACGUAGAAAAUAACUUAAGGGCGGUCAUGGAGCAAAUUCCUUCGUGUGGUAACCUGCAGGAAAACGAAGAGGCUGCGUUUGUUUUCAACGGGAAGCAACUCUGCCCUUCUAAAGACAAAGGAACCAUAGCAAGCCUUGGUAUUUGCUCAGGAUCGAAGCUUGGGUUGACAGUAAGGAUUCUUCACAUCGAAGUCAAAGUUUGCCUCUCAGAUAACUCUCGAUCAUUCCGUUUGAAAUGUGAUCCCCAAGAGACAUUCCAGGAUUUGGUGGAAAAGAUCUUACUGAAAGGGCACAACAGCAGUAAAUGCAGGCUUACAUUCACAAUGGGUGGAAGAAAGUUUGAUCCGGGUCAAGACAAGGGUCCGUUAGAGGAUUACGGAGUUACGCACGGCUGUACGCUUUGGGUGACAAGACAACCCACUACGGCCCCGGAUCACAGCACUAGCGAUAAGGAUCUCCUCUUGUUGCAAGAUGCGUUUAUAGCUCAAAGCAAUACUUCCUGUAGAGAUGAGGUGUUUAUAGCUCACUGCGAUACUUCCUGUGGAGAUGUUAAAGAGACUGGAGCCAAAUUUUUCCUUGAUGAUGGUUUUAGAGGCAAAGUUCUCCAUGGAAAUGCUGCUCGACGCAGAAAAAGUAAAAAAAAAGAGGCUAGUUAUGGCGUCGAUGUCAUAGAACGGGAUCCCGCAUGGAGGUCAGGUGGAACAACUUUACAAUGCCAUAGCACACAACAGUUUAUCACGGCUGAACCAAUCAAAGUGGAUCAUUCAAAGAAGGUUGAACUGGUACUCAGGCUUGUAGCCAGAGAUGGAGAGGAAGAUCUAGUAUUCCCCAAAGGUGAAUGUAAACCGCUAUCAACUCUGACUCCACCACCUGUCCAAGAGUAGAGGAGACAAUAAAUCGAUGUAAAUGAAGUCAGUUCAAAAAGUAUAUUCUAAUCGCUUUUGGGUUUGUCUAGUUAACAGAUGACACCAGAUUGUGUUAAGAAAUUACAUAACCUGAAUACAGGCAUUUUGAUUGUUUUAUCGUAUUAUCUAUUGGAGGAUAGUCGCACAGAUGACGUUAAUAUCAACAAGUUCUUGCUUCUGUACUUAUGACACGUAGAUUCCAUGUUGCCAUCCGUCUGGUCGAUGAUAGAUCACAGAAGACGUAAAAUGUGGCAAUACCCAUGUAGGUGGACCAUUUCAUUUCAGCGAAAUUUUGCAGUAUUUUGCCAACUAGUGAAUAAAUUUACCAGAAUAAAAGAAUAUGUAUAGAAA